GUGCUAUUUUGGUUACAUUUCGGUCAGACGCAAGGAUUUGAUUUCCUUGUUUUAUUUACACAUCUGCAUUGUUCAGAAAAUGAAUAAUUUAUUCUUUCUAUUUCUGUCUGGUUGGAUAUAAUUUCUUGUUUUCCAAUGUAUUAGCUACUCAUUCUCAUGCCUACUCCACAUUUAUCAAGAGCAACAUCAGGACCGUCUUCUGGUUAUGCCGUAGGUGAUGAAAUUUGUGAUACCUCAUGUCCAAUUGAUUGGGAUACAAAUGUAGUGAAUUUUAUAUCAACUUGCUUGCAUCCUGGUCUAGUUCGACGAACUUCAUCUAGUGCAACGUAUGGUUUUGAUAAACCGAAUCAUUUUAGACGUCAGCAUCGCCGAAAUCUAUCUACAGCCACAACGGUCGGAUUUGGCCGUUAUCCUGAUAAUCAGAUUACAAGUGGUCGAGUUCCAUAUGCUAAUGUUUUCAAUCAUCCAAAUGAUUAUCAAGCCCCUCCACCAUAUUAUUCUAAACGUAUUUUAGGCCAUGCUCGCAAUAUCAGCGAUCCUACAUCUGGUUGGGAUUUCCGUACUGUCACAAAACCUCUUAUUCUUGACCAGUUAACUGAAAGACCAUCUUAUAAUUGGGAUGGUUCUGCCGAACAAAAUCUAGUGGUGUCAAGUGAACAUAAAAUUCCGGACACUUCGCUCAUUCCUGAAAAUAAACCAGAAGCUUAUCCUUGUCUAACACCUCCACGUUCAUCUAAUGAUAUUACAUUAGAAAAUUCGUUUAUAUGUGCGCGUGAUGCAGAAACUCAUGAAAUAACUACAACUGCAAAAGAUGAUGAUACUUCUUGUUUAUGCCCUUGUCUACAAUCCUGUGCUAGUCCACGUGUUGUAUUAAUCGGAUUAUGUUUAACUAUGUUUAUGCAAACUAUGGUUGUAUCUGGUUUGAUGAGUAGUAUGUUUACUACAUUGGAAAGAAGAUUUAAUUUAACUAGCCGACAAAUUGGCUCUAUGAUUAGUUGUUAUGAAGUUGCCGGUGUCAUAACCACAGUGAUUGUUAGCUUUAUUAGCGGCCAGAAACAUAAUCGAUUACGUGUUAUUGGUUUGGCGACAUUGAUCCUGGCUCUUGGAUUUGGAUUAUUUGCAUUACCACACUUUUUAGCUGGUCCCUACAGACCGAACUUACUAACUACUCCUGGUGGUAAUACUGCUACUAGUAUCAGUACUGAAGAUAUUCUUCUUCAUUCCUCUCUGUCGUCUUCUCAUUUUCCUCUUAAUCAAGAUUUAGAAAGUUCCAUUCAGUUGGAUGGGCCACUGUGUAUCGAUCAAUCGCGCAAUACCUUUUCUCAGAAUGUUAUUUCCAAUUCACUUAGUAAUGGAACUAAUGUCGGUGACAUAAUUAUUCGUGCUGCCUCACUUACUGCUACCGAUACUUUUAAUAAUUAUGAUAUUAAUGAAUCAUCAAGCACAGGAUUUAUGGGAAGUAGUGACAUUGUUCAGUCUGUUCUCUUUCCAACUUUUUGUCUUGCAAUGUUGCUAGCCGGGAUCGGGGCUAGUCCUUUGUAUGUCUUAGCUCCAACUUACUUAUGGGAUAACUUAACAGAUCGACAAUAUCCAAUAUAUGCAGCUUUAUUCUACAGCGCUGGUGGAUUAGGUCCUGCUUGUGGAUUUCUUGCUGGUGCUGGUUUCUUAAGUAUUUACAUUGAUUCACCAUUUAUGUUGCCUGAAACUGGCUUAGACCGUAAUAGUCCAUUAUGGCUUGGUGCUUGGUGGCUUGGUAUGCUUGUCUGUGCUGCAUUAACUUUCUUUGUGGCAUUACCUGUGAUAUGUUUUCCUAAACAACUUGCAGUUGUUAAAAAAGGUGAUAGCAAUACAAUUUCAAACGAUGAAAUCGAAGAUGUAGAUAAAAUCUGUUCCCCUACAAUCCAAUCUAAUAAUCAUAAUAUAUCCAAUCUUAAUACAAAUAACAAUAACGUGAAUUUAUCUUACGUAAAGUCGUCAGAUAAUUUGUCUAAUAUAAAUAAACCAUUUGAACAAACAUCACCAACUACAACGGCCGUUUCGGCUACUGCAGUCGCAGGUGUUGAAACAUUAACAUCAAGUCAUUUGCUUAAUACACCAUCACCAGGUAGUCGCAACGUUCAAUAUCCAAGUCUAGAAGAAUUUAAACAACAACACCACUACCAACAGCAACGAUUGCCUGAAAUGAAGCAAAAUCAUGUUGAUAUACUUGAAACACCUAAUUCUUCUACUACCAUUACUUCUACUUCUCUUCAUGUACCAUCUCCGUAUAUCAGAGAUGCUGUAGUUAGUGGUGAUGGGACAGUUGUUAGCCCUUCAAAUCAACAAUUUCGUUUACAUUCAAAUAUUGGCAGUGAUCAUCAUGAUUCUCUUGGUGGUUAUACUGUCGACGUUGUUAAUAAUGGUAUAGCUGGUAAUGGAGAUCAAACUGACAAUUUAGGAAAAUUCAUGAAAACAUCAGUGAAUAAUUCAUUUUAUGAAAAUCAAACUAAUCUGAAAUCAAAAAUAAAAGCUUCAUAUCUUAUCGUACGUCGUGUACUAACUAAUCCUAUCUGGUUAGGUUUAACACUAAGUACUGUUGUAGAACAAUCGAUUGUUGCUGCAUUUUUAACAUUUGCUGCAAAAUACAUUCAAAUUUUAUUUCAUAUACCAGCUUAUUUGGCUAGUAUUCAUACUGGUGCUGUGAUAGUUCCAAGUUCAUUAUUAGGUGUUCUAUCUGGUGCUUUACUAAUGCGUCAUUUUCGACCUACAUUACAUCGUACCUUAUCUGGUUUAUGUAUUAUGAUUUCAUUGACUGUUAUAACGAGUAUCAGUUUAAUGACAAUUGGCUGUCAGUCUAGUCGAGUAGCAGGUAUAACAGCUACAUAUAAUGGAGAAAAUUGGCCUUGGAAAAAUGGUCCCGGUUUUUUAAUACCAUCCAAUUUAACAGCACCAUGUAAUCAAUUUUGUCACUCUUCUAAUAAUCGAAUAAAAAAACUUGAUAAUCGUCAUUAUACACAUUAUGUUGAAUCACAAUGUUCAAUAAAGCAUUAUAAUCCUGUAUGUUGGACUGCUACGACUAGUAGUAGUAGUAGUAGUAGUAGUAUCAAUAAAAAGACAACAAAUAAUCGAAUAACUUGUACUAGUAGUAAUAUUGAUAAUGAUGAUAAAAAUCUCAGUAGUACAAAUAACAAUGAUGAUGAUGACUGUGAUACAAAAUCGUUGACAUUUUUCAAUCCUUGUUUUGCUGGAUGUAGAACACGUGUUUUAGAAGCUGGAGUUGUAAAGAAAUAUUCUGAUUGUCAAUGUGUAACCCCAUCUACACUUAAUCCAUCUGGUUUAAUCUCAUCAAUAUCAUUGUCAUUAUCAUCGCCAAUGAGCAUAAAUAAAGAGUUCUUAUUAGCAAAUAAUUCUGGUGAAGUUUAUCCUGGUCGAUGUAAACCCAAGUGUACUUUAUAUGGUUUAUUUCUAGCUAUGUUAUUCUUACAUAUUCUUUGUACUGGUAUCUUACAAAAUCCAAGUAAUGUGAUCACAUUGAGGUAAGUGGAUUGAUGAUGACGAUUACUGAAUAUUGUUUUUUUUGUUUUAACAUUUCUUAUAAAUGAAAUAACCCUCUUCCUACAAUGUUACUUUUUUGUGAUUACUGUUCUUGAAAGAUUUCAUCUGAGCCUUGUUGAUAUGUGCAGUGGAUGCCUUAAUAAUUCGAUUAUUACUAGCGUUAGCCCCUCACACUGAGGUUGUGAUUGAAAUUUAACUACACAUCUAGUAAUCGAUAUUUGGUCAAAGAAUUUUAGCUAAAAUAACAUUCAAUUACUGCUUCGUGUUUAUAAUUUUUCGAGGUUUACCAGAAGUAUUCUUCCAUGAUUCUUUAUUGAUCUCUUGACAAGUAAACAACUAGGUUGAAACAUUCAUGUGUAUCGCAUGCACUAUAACACAUCGGUUUACAUUUAGCUACUUACAACGAGUAGCAAAUUCAAAAACUAUUUAUCAUAUCUUCAUUUUUCUUCCGUGUCAGUCAUCACUGUAACUACGUAAAAUAAAUUUCAAUUUUAAGAAUUCUUACAGAUAAAUCAAGAAUUCGUCAAGAAUCCGGAAAUCAACUGAAUAAUGGUUUUAUUCUAUUUUCAAAAACCGUUGUCCCAAACUAAUUCAUGAGUAAUGAAACUAUAGUCUCAGUUAAUUAAAAUAUCUCCUUUUCAACAAUCGAAUCAUAGAAUCGAACUACACUUCAUCUAAUUAGAUUCAGGUCACUGGAUAGUACUAUUUGUAGCCCCUACAGACAUAUGCAUUCAUAAUAGCGUAACUUAAGGUUGAUUAGAGCUUCUUGGUCGAUGAAUUUAUUAGUUCAAUAAUGAAAUCUACUACUCUUGAACUUACUUGUUUCAGUAAGGCUAUUUUCGUUCACCAAAAGCCUGUUGAAAUAUGAGAGAUACAUUCUAACCGAAUGUAUUCUUUUCUUCCUAGUGAGCAACCUUAUAAUCUGUAAUUUAUUACCGUAUAUUUGAAGAAAAAUAUGUUUUUUUUAAUCAUUGCAAUGGCGUUUUUAAGACAGAUUUUAAAAAAUCAGUGAAUAUCUUAAAAACUACUAUAACAGUGAAGGUUUUAUGGAAUUAAUGAAAUCAACAGAAAUCGUCUAGGAAAUCAAGGAAAACACUGGAUACAACUGUUUCUUCUUAGUCUAAGACCCUCCUUAGCAGUCAGUUAGUCUGUUAAAACGUCAGAUCUGGUACGUAUGUACAUCAGUUCAAAAUGUCAUACCUCAUCAGCAAAUCACAGAAAAGUAGGGCUAACAACAUCGGUGAUACGUUUCAAGAAAAUAUAAAUUAAUUAAUUUAAAAAAGUCAUUUAGAAUCCAGAAGCUUAGAACUUGUAGGAAGACAAAGAAUGGAUGCACCUGCAGCACUGCAUACGCUUUUGAGUCAUAUCAUUCAAAGUUUCAAACCAUUAGUUACGAUGAUCACUCGAAAUCCAACCACCUGGUCUAUACGCAUUAACAUAGCUCAGUUCAGUUGUUAGUGACUCCAUGAACUGAGGCCAUGUUAUGUUUUGGCCGCCCCUAGCUUUCUUACAGAGUACUCCUACACCAGAAAACAUCGUCCGUCGAGGUAGGCAGUGGUUGAACCCAAGUAACACAUGUACCAACCACUUUAGUCGACAAAGAUUCACUACCUCAUCAAUCACUUGAGCAUCUUUGCUUAGUAGUCUAUUCCUAACCCGAGCAUUGCUUACUCCUUGUUCCCAAAAUACACGAGACUCCUAUGAUCGAAUACCAGUAAGCUACGAAUAUCCUCUACUCUAUGUGACCCUGUUUUCCCAUCCAUAAUGUACAUUGUAGCGAACUGCUGCCUAAAUCAGAAAUGUAAUAUCAGUCUGAUACAAUCUAGAACAGAUGUCUUCAUGUAAAUCACUCGUCAUGUACUAUCCUCACUUAAUAGUACUAUUGAAACCGUUCCGAGACUGAAAGACUCCUGGUUUCGUUCUCUGAAGUGUUAUAGGUGAGCACUCCUCAAGAGGUUCACAUAGUAGAAUGAUUAUUCAGUUAUGUUAAAUUUUUUUUAAUUUGGUUUUGAAAUAACAUUUAUUUGUGCGAUUAUGUUCAAAUUAUUAUUAUUAUUAUUAUUAU